CUGGUCUCUUGCGUAGAAGGUAAGGCUCCAAGUGAGAAUAAAAUGGAAGCAAGUAGUUGGUUUAUGAGCUUGAGAAUGAAAGCUAAGGAGAAACAGUGAGAAAGAAAAGCACGGUGAGUGGUGAGAUUUGAAACUUGAAAGUGUGCAGAUUGCAUUGUAGCUAUGGCGACGAAGCUUCCUGAGAUCGCCAUUCUUGGAGCUGGUAUCUUCGUGAAGACUCAGUACCUUCCCAGACUCUCCGAGAUCUCUCAUCUCUUCACUCUCAAAGCCAUUUGGAGCCGCACUCAGGAAUCCGCUACUUCUGCCGUAGAGGUUGCUCGCAAACACUUUCCCGGAGUGGACUGUAAAUGGGGAGAUAACGGUCUUCAUGACAUCAUCCAAGACGGAUCAAUUGAUGCUGUUGCCGUCGUUUUGGCUGGACAAAAUCAGGUUGACAUCUCACUGAGAAUGCUAAGGGCUGGUAAACAUGUCCUUCAAGAGAAACCUGCGGCAUCUUGUACAAGUGAAUUGGAAACUGCAUUAUCUAGCUACAAAUCUAUUUCUGCUGAUGCUCCUGGUCAAUUGAUUUGGUCUGUGGCCGAAAAUUAUCGAUUUGAGCCUGGCUUAGUAGAGUGCAAGAAACUAAUUGCUGGCAUUGGGAAAAUGAUGAGUGUCCAUGUUAUUAUUGAAGGAUCAAUGAACAGUUCAAACCCCUACUUUUCAAGCUCUUGGAGGCGCAAUUUCACUGGAGGUUUCAUUCUUGAUAUGGGUGUGCAUUUCAUUGCAGGGUUAAGAAUGCUUGUUGGGUGUGAGGUGGUUUCCGUUUCAGCUAUGACAUCUCAUGUGGAUUUGACCUUACCUCCCCCAGAUAAUAUAUCAUCUGUCUUUCAUUUGGAGAAUGGAUGUUCAGGAGUGUUUGUAAUGGUUGUCUCCUCCAGAUCACCCAAGACCUUGUGGCGAGUUGUUGGCUUGAAUGGAACCGUACAAGUUGAGCGUGGAUUCCAAGGACAACAUGGUUACCUGGUUACGUUACAUGGUGCCGAUGGACAAACCAAAAGCUCCUUCUUCCCAUUCAGUGGAGUAACAGAAGAACUAAAAGCUUUUAUUAAUGAUGUAUCUGAAAACACCCUCAAGCUGAAGGGGAGUCAAUUUGAGGCUGAGUCCCGCCUCUCUUUUGUCGAGGGUGCAAGAGAUGUUGCUGUCUUAGAGGCAAUGCUUGAAUCUGGAGCAAGGAAAGGUGAGCUAGUUAAUGUGAAAAAAUUUUGAGGUAAUGGCAACAUUAUUCAGUGUCUUCCGAUAAUCACUGUAUUGGUCUUGAAUAUUGAGUCGAGCAAGGCAGUUAAGUAUAGAUGAAUAAGCUGAUCAAUGUCAUUGGAUGAAGUUUUAGGAUUUGUAUAAGUUUAUUAAAAUUGUUGCUGCUAUGCUCUUGAACCCGAAACUUUUAAUAACUUGAGGCGGAAUAUUUGAAAUACUACUAAUAUUUGCCACUUUUAUUGAAACACCUUAGGACACUCAUAAGCCGGAUCCAUUAUUUUAAUAUACCAUGUAAUAUUAAUACUGUGAGAAAUAUGGUGCUCUCAUAUUUCGUUUUCAACCAUGAAAUGUAUAUCAUCUCAGCUAGAACUUCAAAAAUA